GGCGGCACUGACUGGCACUGUUAGGUGGCACUGACAGGCGACACUGACUGUCACUGAUAGGUGGCACUGACUGGCACUGAUGGGUGACAUUGAAAGGCAGCUCAGAUGGGCACUGAUAUGUGGCAUUGAUGUGGCACUGACACGUGGCACUGAUGGGCACUGGCAUGUGGCACUGAUGAGCACUGACAGGUGGCACUUCUGGGGCAACACUGAUCAUCAGGGCACACUGAUCAUCAGUGCUCUGAUGAUCACUGUCAGUGUGACAGCU